UAAUAUGUAUUUACAUACGUACACCCACAUCGGCGCACAUCAGAUGCCCAUAUAGCCAAUUAGACUCUUUUCACUGCCUUGUAAACUUAGCGCGGAAUCAGUAAUUUUCUGCGUUCACGGACGCCGAGGCGGAAUCAUCCAUAAGAUGGUAUCAUGGGUGCUAAUUGCAAUAAACAUAUCUUGGGGGACGUGUUUUCCAAAAUACAAUCGCCACUCGGCGUCCCCUAUGCGUUACAUUUGAUUUCAAUUGGACUUUUCAUUAAUACUACGCUUUCCCCCACUCGCGAUUCCAAAGUAUAUACGGUGGAAAAUCAUUUUGUAUUACUCAUGCGCCUUUAAUAUGAUAGUUUUAUUUUAUUCGUACAAUUGAAAAGUUCACCCACAUCGGGCAGCAGGAGUCGAAGCCCCCAAAAGUAAACACAAUUCCUCGAAGGACGUUUCCGUUGGCUCUGCCCAGCACAAGUGCAUCGGAUCGCAUCGCAUUGGAUCGGAUCGGAUCGUCGGUGAAGGCGAGUUCCAGGCGCUUGCCCAAAGUGCCUUACAUCCACAAAUAUGCCAGAUAGAUUUCAAGUUACAAAGGCUGACGAGGACACCGCGUUGGACUACAACCAGGAUGAGUCUGCGAGCGGCAAGCUACUGGGGGACAUCCACGACGAAACCCUAGGUGAGAACUAUGGGUCGUACGAUGACUCAGGUGAUAUCCACAGGGCGGAGGAGAACCAGAAGUCCAGCAUCGACCCAAAUCUAUAUCUGUACGACGAUGAUUUGGAGACCAGGCCCCAUAUAUCAACGUUCAUUUCAUCAAUUGCCAAUUAUGAGAACACGAUACCAGCGGCCACCGAUCCCGAUGCAAAGCCGGCAGCUCCAUCGGCUCGAAUGGGUACCCUAAUUGGAGUGUUCUUGCCAUGCAUUCAAAACAUCUUUGGUGUCAUAUUGUUCAUUCGGUUAACAUGGGUUGUUGGAACGGCUGGCGCCGUGUGUGGAUUCCUGAUUGUUCUGACCUGCUGCUGUGUGACCAUGCUAACCGCGAUCUCGAUGUCGGCCAUUGCAACGAACGGGGUGGUUCCGGCGGGCGGGAGUUACUUCAUGAUAUCACGAUCCCUGGGCCCUGAAUUCGGCGGAGCGGUGGGAAUGUUGUUCUAUACGGGCACCACGCUAGCAGCGGCGAUGUACAUCGUUGGUGCCGUGGAAAUCGUAUUGACAUACAUGGCGCCGUGGGCAUCGAUAUUUGGGGACUUCACCAAGGAUGCUGACGCGAUGUACAACAAUUUCAGGGUCUACGGCACUUUGCUGCUCAUCUUUAUGGGUCUCAUUGUGUUCCUGGGCGUGAAAUUCGUCAAUAAGUUCGCGACGGUGGCCCUGGCCUGCGUCAUCCUUUCGAUAAUAGCGGUGUAUGUGGGAAUAUUUGACAAUAUCCAUGGCAACGAAAAGCUAUACAUGUGUGUUCUGGGAAAACGACUCUUGAAGGACAUCCCGCUGGAGAAUUGCACAAAGGAAGACUCCUUCUUACGCGACAUAUACUGCCCAGAUGGUAAAUGCGAGGAAUACUACCUGGCCAACAAUGUGACCAAAGUCAAGGGCAUCAAGGGUUUGGCCAGUGGCGUGUUCUACGACAACAUCUUCCCUUCGUUCCUGGAGAAGGGCCAGUUCAUAUCCUACGGCAAGAGUGCAAUCGACAUUGAGAACACCAGUGGAGAGUCAUACAACCAGAUCAUGGCCGACAUUACCACGUCGUUCACCCUUCUUAUCGGCAUCUUCUUCCCAUCGGUGACAGGCAUCAUGGCUGGAUCCAAUCGAUCGGGCGACCUGGCUGACGCCCAGAAGAGCAUACCCAUCGGAACGAUAUGUGCCAUUCUGACCACCAGCACAGUCUACUUAUCCAGCGUUAUGUUCUUCGCCGGCACAGUGGAUAAUCUCCUGCUGAGGGACAAAUUCGGUCAGUCUAUCGGUGGCAAGCUGGUGGUGGCCAAUAUCGCCUGGCCAAAUCAGUGGGUUAUUCUGAUUGGCUCCUUCCUCUCCACCUUGGGCGCUGGUCUGCAGAGUUUGACUGGAGCACCCCGCCUGCUGCAGGCGAUUGCCAGGGAUGAGAUCAUUCCCUUCCUGGCUCCGUUUGCCAAGUCCUCGAAGCGUGGCGAACCCACCCGUGCACUGCUCCUGACCAUCGUCAUUUGCCAGUGCGGCAUCCUGUUGGGCAACGUGGACUUGCUGGCUCCUCUGCUGUCCAUGUUCUUCCUCAUGUGCUACGGCUUUGUCAACCUGGCCUGCGCCGUACAAACCCUGCUGAGGACUCCCAACUGGAGACCGCGCUUCAAGUUCUACCACUGGAGCUUGUCGCUCAUCGGCCUGACGCUGUGCAUAUCAGUCAUGAUCAUGACUUCCUGGUAUUUCGCACUGAUUGCUAUGGGAAUGGCCAUCAUCAUCUACAAAUACAUAGAGUACCGCGGUGCUGAGAAGGAGUGGGGUGAUGGCAUUCGUGGAAUGGCCCUGACCGCCGCCAGGUACUCGCUCCUCCGUCUGGAGGAAGGCCCACCGCAUACGAAAAAUUGGCGUCCCCAAAUUUUGGUGCUUUCGAAGCUCAACGAUAACCUCUUGCCAAAGUACAGGAAGAUAUUCUCCUUUGCCACCCAGCUGAAAGCUGGCAAGGGAUUGACGAUUUGUGUGUCUGUGAUAAAGGGCGACCACACCAAGAUCACCAACAAAGCCGUGGAUGCGAAGGCCACGCUGCGCAAGUACAUGACCGACGAGAAGGUGAAGGGCUUCUGCGAUGUCCUGGUAGCCCAGCAGAUUGGCGAAGGCCUCAGCUCAGUCAUCCAAACCAUCGGACUGGGGGGCAUGAAGCCCAACACAGUCAUCAUCGGAUGGCCGUACAGCUGGCGGCAGGAGGGCAGGAACAGCUGGAAGACCUUCAUCCAAACGGUCCGCACGGUGGCCGCCUGCCACAUGGCCCUCAUGGUGCCCAAGGGCAUCAACUUCUACCCAGAGUCAAACCACAAAAUCGGUGGCAACAUUGAUAUCUGGUGGAUUGUCCAUGACGGUGGUCUGCUCAUGUUGCUGCCCUUCCUGCUGAAGCAACACCGCACCUGGCGCAAUUGCAAGCUAAGGAUCUUCACAGUUGCUCAAAUCGAGGACAACUCGAUUCAAAUGAAGAAGGAUCUAAAGACAUUCCUCUACCAUCUCCGAAUCGAGGCCGAUGUUGAAGUUGUUGAGAUGAACAACAGCGAUAUUUCCGCUUACACCUACGAGCGGACCCUGAUGAUGGAACAGCGUAAUCAGAUGCUGAGAGCAUUAGGCUUAAAUAAGAAAGAAAACUCCAAAGUGGUUCAAACAAUUGUAGACCACCAUUAUGACGCCACCAAAACGGCGUCUAAAGUUCGCUUCGCCGAUCCAACUAUAGAAGAAACACAGCAUCACGAUUCUCAAAACGACGAGAAACGUAACUCAAUUGAUUUGGAUGGUCCCGAGAACGCGGACACACCCGAAACUACUUCUAACAAGGAUGAAUCGACAGAGAAAGCCGACGGAGACUUCAAGUCCAGUGUGAAACCGUAUGGAACAGCUCUCUCAUUGCCCACUCAACGGUGUCCUAAUUGUCCUUGUAUUUGUUUCCACAGGGAUGAGUUCAACGUUCGUCGCAUGCACACAGCAAUAAAACUAAACGAGGUUAUUGUAGAAAAGUCACAGGACGCCCAGUUGGUCAUAAUGAAUCUACCUGGACCACCUAGGGAAGUGAGAGCGGAGCGUGAAAGCAAUUAUAUGGAAUUUCUGGAGGUAUUAACAGAGGGCCUUGAAAAAGUGUUAAUGGUUCGCGGAGGAGGCCGAGAAGUUAUAACAAUUUACUCUUAAGAGCAUUAAUCGCUCAGUUUUAUAAGAGUUCGCAACACUAGACAAGUUUAAGAAUCAAUCAAAUUUUUAAAGAAGGUUAUUAAUUUGUUAUAUUCAAUCAUAUGUCCAAAUAUUUUAUUUUUACGUAAAUAAAAUAUCAAAAAAUUGUAACAAUAA